UAAUGAUAUGUUGGUGAUCUACAACGGGGCAUCAAUUUGCGCGUAUGAGCAACCCUUCCACUGUGGAUUACGCCUUCAGCCUGAAUUGAAAGAAAUAAUGGCCAAGAGUAGAGACUGGGAUGAAUUGACGUGGACAUGGCUUGAAUGGCGACGAAAAUCCGGGAGAAUAAUGCGAGAACUCUUUGAGCAGCUCGUUGAUCUCACAAAUGAAGCUGCCAGAUACAACAACUUUACGAAUGGAGAGGACUACUGGAGUUUCCCAUUUGAAUCUCCAUCCUUUAGGGGUGAAAUGGAGCAAGUGUGGAAUGAAGUUCUUCCUCUUUACGAAAUGAUUCAUGCCUACACGAGGAGGAAGCUGAGGGAAUUCUAUGGGCCAGAUAAGAUUAACAGGAAUGCUCCAAUUCCUGACCAUGUGCUGGGCAAUAUGUACGGGCAGAGUUGGUCUAAUAUUUUGGAUGUUAUUAUCCCCUAUCCUGGACGGAGUUUCCUCGAAGUGACCCCUGCAAUGAAUGCUCAGGGAUACACUCCCCUCGUGAUGUUCCAACUUGCAGAGGAGUUCUUUGUCUCACUCAACAUGACGCCCCUUCCGCCACAAUUCUGGAUUAAUUCCCUCCUUGAGGAGCCUCCAGAUCGGCCGGUGCUGUGUCAACCAUCAGCUUGGGAUUUCUGCAAUGGACAAGACUACAGGAUAAAAAUGUGCACGACUGUCACGCACAAGGACUUGAUCACGGCUCAUCAUGAAAUGGCGCACAUUCAGUAUUUCUACAACUACAGGCAUUUGCCGAAAGUUUUCCGCGAUGGAGCUAAUCCAGGUUUCCACGAGGCGGUGGGAGAUGCAAUUGGUCUAUCGGUAUCCACACCACGGCAUCUCCAAACACUGGGCUUGGUGCACAAAUCCGUCGAUGACACAGCGCAUGACAUUAACUUCCUCUUUGCCCUGGCAAUGGACAAAGUGGUCUUCCUGCCCUUCGCCUUGGCCCUCGAAGCGUGGCGGUAUGAUAUUUUCAGCAAGAAAAUCUCCAAGGAGCAGUACAAUUGUCACUGGUGGCUUCUCCGGGAGCAGUAUGGUGGCAUUAAACCACCUGUGCUGCGAUCUGAAUUGGAUUUUGAUCCAGGUUCCAAGUAUCACGUCCCAGCAAACAUUCCGUAUUCCAGAUACUUUGUGGGAAUUAUUUUACAGUUUCAACUACAUAGAGCCAUGUGUCUUGCCUCGCGACAAUUUGACCCAAGUGAUCCUGAGAAGCCACUCCACAAAUGUGAUAUCUAUCGUCAUCCACAGGCGGGAAAUCUCCUCAAAGAUUUAAUGUCAAAGGGAGCUUCUAAGCCAUGGCGAGAAGUUCUUCAGGAGACUUUGGGUGAGGGACGGUUGGAUGGAUCAGCUUUGCGGGAAUUUUUCAAACCACUCGAAGAAUGGCUGCGGCAGGAGAAUUUGCGGAAUCAGGAAUUUGUUGGAUGGAUGUAUGAUGGGGAUUACUGCAAGCAUAGCAUAGAGACGGCCAAUCUUCAGGUCAUUGGAGGCUUUUACAACACCGCCAUGAAUCUCCGUUUCACUCUAAGCGUGAUCAUUUUAACGCCCCUCGUGGGAAUCCUUGGCAUUCAACGACUUCUUCUGCUCAUUUAAAGCCUGCACAAAACACUCAUCAAACAGUUUGUUCCACAUUUCAUCCGUGGCCAUGAUCGCACAACGAAGAGCCAGAGAUUACACCCAAAUUUUAUUUAUAAAAUAUUCUGCAUUAAUGAGCUUCACCGAACUUGAGGAGCGACGUGUGACGCAGCCUGUGCGAAUUCGAUCUCAUGUGUGGUGCCUUGAAUUCCCACCAAGAUGUGCGCACUACCGCACAGAAAUGAAGGAGAUCAUCAAAUGGCAGAACGUCACGAAGACACGGCUCGUGGAGCACUGUUGCGAUGGCUACGAAGAGGUCACCGAGGCCAAUGAGAUCAUUUGCAAGCCCAUCUGUCCCGAUGGCUGCCGGCGGGGGUUUUGUCAUCAACCUGGGAUGUGUGUUUGCAAUCCCGGAUGCCAAAAUGGGGGUUACUGCGACAGCAAGAAGGGGGAAUGUCGCUGCCAGGAGGGAUGGAGUGG